CAGCUAUCUUUGUGCUCACACUGCGACAGUACCUGCGCUGCUACCCUCUGCCUCACACACAACCUCACGGACACACCUCACUGACACACCUCACUGACACACCUCACGGACACACCUCCCAAGCAUCACCCAUCAAGCGGAAAACGAGGCACAUCCAUCGCAUAGCUCCACGCUCCCGCUGGAAGGUGCUCUGUCCAGAUUUGGCCCACUCCAAGGCCGACUAGCGCGGUCGUUCAUCGCAGUGCGCGUACUCUCCCAUCUCCGGCGCUCCAGCUUGCAAUCGACUUGCCACAAUGCCCCAAAACGACUACAUCGAGGAGCACCAACGCCGACAUGGCAAACGGCUUGACCAUGAUGAGCGCAUGCGAAAGCGCGAGGCGCGCUCAACGCACAAGGCUUCCGCGGUCGCCAAGCACACUAUCGGCCUCAAGGCCAAGAUGAUGAACCGGGCGAAGCGAUUAGAGAAGAUCCAGAUGAAGAAGACUUUGAAGGCGAGGGACGAACGGGAUGUCAAGGCUGCUUCGACGUCAGAGACACCUGAUGAAGCACUGCCAACAUACUUGCUGGAUAGGGAAGGUCAGAAGGAUGCCAAGGCUCUUAGCAGCGCUGUCAAGGAGAGAAGGAAGGACAAAGCUGCCAAGUAUGCCGUGCCACUUCCUCAGGUCAGAGGAAUCGCAGAGGAUGAGGUGUUCAAGGUAAUGAAGACAGGUAAGAGAAAGGGCAAGGGGUGGAAGAGAAUGGUCACAAAGGCUACCUUUGUUGGCGAGAGCUUCACGCGAAAGCCCCCCAAGCUGGAGCGGUUUGUACGCCCGAUGGGUCUGCGGUACAAAAAGGCCCACAUUACACAUCCGGAUCUCAAAGCCACGUUCCAGCUGCCGAUUAUUGGCGUCAAGAAGAACCCUCAAUCGCCCAUGUACACGCAGCUUGGAGUGUUGACCAAAGGCACAAUCAUCGAGGUCAAUGUGUCUGAGCUGGGCAUGGUGACCACUGGCGGCAAAGUGGUAUGGGGAAAGUACGCGCAGAUCACAAAUAACCCCGAAAAUGACGGUUGCGUCAAUGGCGUCUUGUUACUUUCGCAAUGACCAGGAUCAUCGUUGUCCGUGUCUCUAAGCUCUCCUCGCCAAACACUUUGUACAAGUACGGUCUGUUAAUGCCAUCUAGGUCAAUCACGUGCCGCUGUGACUCUCCUGGGUUGGCGAUUCUACUUGUAUAUCACGCG